AUGAAAAAUUGUAUUUAUAUUUAGGAAAAUGGCCAAGCAUUUAAAAUAAGUUACACAAGGGGAGUGCUGAAUUUUCAAUUAAUGAUAAUAUUUAUUCUUUUGAAGUGUGUAAGUCCAACAAGACUCAUUUAUAAAAACUUUUUUGAUAGUUUUACUUAUGUAAAUAAUGGUAAUACUAAAUUGAGUUAUAUAGAUUGGUCGAUAUUAUCUAAAGAUGUAAAUCAUCAAAAGGCUGUAGUACUUUGUGGAUCUAAAAACAUUUUAUUUUUAGACAACUAGAGCACUUAGUAUAAUCUGUUACUUCAUAAAUCAUUUAAUCUUGAGGUUCAUUAUCAAGUCACAGUAUAAUUUUAAUUAUGGAUGUAAUAUAUUGAUGAUUUAUUUUAGGCUUGAUAAUUGGAUAAAUAAUCCUCUGCUAAUAUAUUUUGAUAAUGAAAUCAUAAUCAAUGAUUAAUACUCUUGUUCACCCAGUGCAACAAACAUUUGUAAGGGUGCCCAAAACGAUGAGGUAACUACAAUGUCAAUAAAUGUCCUACAUAAUCGAUCUUCAAUAUAAAUCGUAAUUUUUGCUUAAUCUGGUAAAAUGGGAAUUUCUGAGUUUUAAUUGUUCAUAGAGGAAUGCCCUAGUGGAUGCCACUCGUGUGAUAUUGUGAAAUGCCAUACUUCAGUACUAUUAAUGCAAUCUUUCAACUCAAAAAUGAUUUCUGCUAUUAAUUCUGAAGGAUGGAUGUUUAGUGGUACAAUUUAAAUAACUAUUGAUAAUUGUCAUGGUAAAUGAAUAAAUAAAAACAAUAGACCUCUUUUAUCAUAAAUCUUCGGGAUAUAAUCUUGAAAAAGAAAUUUAAUUAAAAGAUCAUUGGGCCGUUAGUUUAAAUUUAAAAGUGAUGAUUUUUAAUUCAGGCUCAACAACUAUAUCUAUUAAAAUAGAUGAUAUUGUUGUACAACAAGAAAUCUACACUUAGGGAUGGAUAAGUUAUAGUAAUAGCGAUUUGAACUAUGAUGGGUUUUGGUAUUACAUGACAAUAAAGCAUGUCAAUAUUGUUUAGUAUAUCCACACUAAGUCUGUUAUUAAAAUUACGGUAUUAACUACAAUGGCUAGUGUUUACACAUCUUGGGCACCAUGGUUUGGAAUUAGAGAUUUUUAACUUUUUAUUCAUCCAAAUUAUGUUUGUAUCGAUCAUAAUUUAAACCCUUUUGAUGGAUGUUUUUCUUUCAAUUAUGAUUGUGUUUAGGGUUGUAAGAGUUGCGUAAGAGGGAUUUGCAUGCUCUGUUUAGAUGGAUGGCAAUACAUAGAAAUCAACAAGAGCUGUAUUCCUAUUUGUGGUGAUAAUAUUUUAACUUCUUAAGAGGAAUGUGAUGAUGGAAACUAAAAUCCAUAUGAUGGAUGCCAUAACUGCAAAUUUUCUUGUCCUUUAAAUUGUGAGUCAUGCAAAUUUGGUAAAUGUCUUUAAAGGAUGAAUUAUUACUCAUUAUAAAAUUCGUAAAACGAGUGUCUACCAUUAAACUUAGUUUCUAAUCCUUAAAAAAGAGAAUAAUAUAAACUUCCAAUAUGUCAAACGUAAAGUUUUUCGUAAUAUUACUCAAUUGGGAUUCCGUUCUAUCUUGAAAAAGAGUACAAACAUUCUUGCUCACAUAAUUGUUAUGUUUGUGAUUUUGAAACAUGCUUAAAGUGUAAACAAAACUAUAUUUUACAGGAUUAAUUAUGUAUUAAUGUUUUGGAAAAGAAUGAUGAUGAAUAAUAUCAAUAUUUUGUGGAAAUAUUUUACUUAAAGAGUAUUUAAGAAGCCUCAGAUUACCUCAAAAAGUAGAGAUUUAAUCAAAUUUAAUUCAACUUUAAAUAUUAUUAAAAUUACGAAAAUAACUAUCCUAAUUUAGAUUACAUUGAAAAAUGUAAGAAUAAAGUUUUUAGUGUUUGUUUCGAAUGUGAAAUUGGAUAUAAACUUAACGUGAAUGGUAGAGCAUGUAUUCCUUUAUGUGAUGAUGGAAUGGUUGUGAAUUAAGAAAUUUGUUAGAAUUAGAACUAUUAAUAAUUAAAUGGAUGUUUUAAAUGCCAACUCAGCUGUUAAAUGGAGUGUUUGAGCUGUUUAAAUGGAAUAUGUUAAGUUUGUCUUCAAGGAUGGUAAUUAGUUAAUGGCACCUGCUAAUAAGUAUGUGGAGAUGGAUUAAUUGCUGCAAUAUCAUAAGAGCAAUGUGAUGAUACUAAUUCAAUAGAUGGAGAUGGAUGUUCUCAAUGUUUUUUUUAAUGUGUGCCGUAUUGUUAAUAUUGCAUUAGUCAAAAGGAGUGCUUAAGUUGUGAAGAACAUUUUGAAUUGAUAGAGAACCAAUGCAAACCGAUUUGUGGAGAUUUAUAUAUAGUUUAAGGGUUGGAGGAAUGCGAUGAUGGAAAUCAAAUAUCAUAUGACGGUUGUGAUUAUUGUUAGUUCCAAUGUGAAUUUGAUUGCAAAUCUUGUGUUGAUAGAAUAUGCAUAGAUAAUAGCAAUCCAUAAGAAGAACCUACUUCAAAUGAUCCUACACCUUCUACAGAAUAGAUUGAUAAUAAUUGUAAUUAAGGGUGUUUACUUUGUUAGGAAGAUAUUUGUUAGGAAUGUGAGAAAUACUAGACUCUUGAAGAUGGUUAGUGCAUUAAAUGUGGGAAUGGGUAUAAAUCAGAUGAUGAGUUUUGUGAUGAUGGAAACACUUUCAAUAAUGAUGGAUGCUCAAAUGAAUGCAUAAUUGAAUAAGGUUGGGAUUGCAAUCUUUCAAUUCUUCAAUUUAGUCAAUGUUAUUAAUUUACCGAGCUUUCUCUUAAGUUCUUGAAUCAAUCAUUUGAUUCUUAACACACCAGUUUAACCUAUACAAAGAAAGUCAAACUUAAUGAAUUUAAUUAAUCUUUCUUAGAUUUAAUGUCUAUUGAUAUUGAAAAUAUAUAGAAAAAUCAGUACAAUAUCAAGAUUGAACCAGUAAUUCCAAUAAUUCUUGAAUCUGUACGAGAUAUUAAUUAUAUCAUAACAAUUACUUUUCUUGAAAAGAUACAAGAUAGGCCAAAAUUAACUGUUUCUAUAGAUGCAUCAUUUUUGGAUGAAAACUAAAUUCUAGUUCCUCCUGGUAGUUCUGAUAUCUAACUAAUGAUUCCUCAAGUUAUGAAUUUUUAAUAAAUGGAGGCAACAGCUAAAUUGUAAGUAUUUGGACAGAGUAUGAUGAUUGGAAUGGGUAGUUUUGGAGCAUUUCUUUUAUUAACGGGAUAGUUUUUACAGUUUUUAGACAUUCUGGAUGUUUUGUAAUACCAAGCGAACCUUAAGUAUAUAAACGUAGAUUAUCCUUAAAAUUUAUACAUCUAUUUUUAAUCAUCAGAAUUUGUAACAUUAACUCCUAUGUUGGUGAAGUUUAAAGUGGUUGAGACUUUUGAUUUGGUGAUUAGCUAAUAAAAUCUUGACAGUAAGGGUAAAUUUUAAGAAUAUGAGAUUAAUGCAGAUAUACUCACCAAUAUUUAUGGUUGCAUACUCUAAAUUAUAUUAUGCUUUAUUGGGUGUUUUUUCAUUUAUGCUUAUAAAUUAAUAUUUAAAAAAAAUUGUUUUUCUCCCUUUUUUCAUCAAAAAGUUAAGUAGGCUAAAUCAAAAAUCCUUAAUUAUCUAGCAAUUAAAUUGUAUAAUUUUCACAGAUAGUUAAGUUAGGUAUAAUCAAAGAAAUUAAGCUCGGAAGCGAUCAUUUUAUUUCGCACAAAUAGUUGGGACUUGAUCUUCAAAGUUCUUCUUUAUCUACAUUCAAAUACCUUAAAAGAUAACCGAUAAGUGAUUUCAACUAGCAUCUGUAUUACUUUUUUAACUUCACUUGUUAUAUUACUCAUAUAACCUUUUCGAAGGAGUAAAACAAUAAAAAAUGUCAAAAAAUAAUAACUUGAAUCCAUUAUGUUAUUGAAAAAAUUAGUAUUUUUGCUUUGUUUGAUUUACAUGCAAGCUUAACCAUUGAUAUAAAGUCUACUAUUGUUCUUUUGCCAAUUAUUUUUUGUUUGUGUUAUAAGUUGUUUUUAAUUUAUUAGGUCAAAAUUUGAAUUGUUGAUGAUAUUAAUGAAUGAAGCACCAAUAAUGGCAUUUACUUUUGUUAACAUUACAUUUUGCUCUGACUUCUCAAACUAUUUUACCUCAAAUACAAAAAUAUUAAUAGGAUUUAUAUAAAUUGGAUUGCUUCUUGUUGGAUUAUUUGGCCCUAUUAUUAAAUUUUUUAAGUAGCUCAUUAAUACUAUAAUUUCCUUUGUAAAAUCAAAUAUGAAGUAGAAAUUAAAACCAAAAUAAUUAACUCUAUAAUUUUUUUAAACAUAUCAACUUUGA